GUCUGCCGCAUCAAAAUGCAAUUUGAAAUUUAUGUUGUAGCUAUAUGUUUAUUACUGUUUUUUCAACUAAUAAAAACGGAGGAUCACAGUAGCGAGGAAACUACCAAUGAUUUGGUUAAUAAAGUGGAUUCUAUUAAAAGCCAGCUAAAUAAUAUUAAGGCCCAGGUAACGGACAAAUAUGAAAAUCAAAAAUUACUCUGGCAAUUGGAGGCAUUUCAAAACUGGUACGGCAACGAGGAGAGAGCCAAAUGCUCAACAGAUCUUUCUUAUAUUUUUGAUGGUUGGACUCCAGUACAAAGACGUUUAGAUGGUUCAGAGAAUUUCUAUCGCAAUUGGUCCGACUAUCAACAGGGUUUUGGUGAUAAACAUAAGGAAUUCUUUAUGGGUUUGGAGAACUUACAUCAACUAACCAAAAACAAGGGGCCCCAGGAACUCCUGAUCAUAUUGGGUGAUCAUAAUAAACAAAUAGCUUAUGCUAAAUAUGAUAAUUUUGUUGUGGGCUCGUCGGAGGAAUUGUAUGAGCUUAAAGAAUUGGGUACGUAUUCAGGCACCGCAGGAGAUGCUUUAAGCGAGCAGGUGGGAAAGAAAUUCACCACUUUGGAUCGGGAUAAUGACAAUUCUAAGUUGCAUAAUUGUGCCAAAUUGUGGCACGGGGCCUGGUGGUUUGGUUAUUGUCAUCAGAGUCAUCUUAAUGGUCCUUAUCUGGAGCAACCAGUUUCUGAGAAGGGUGAAAAAGGCAUAGUUUGGGAUCUUUGGCAUGGCAUGAACUAUUCUUUGAAAUUUGUUUUAAUGAUGGUGCGUUCGAAAGCCUAAAAUAUUUAUUGGAAGCUGUGAAAUGAAACUAAAAAAAUAUAAUAAAUAAAGGUUUAUAAUUUGGAAACUAAAAAGUACUUUUUCUUUUUAAUAUUAAGAAAAUAAGCUAGAUACAAAAAUUCCUCUUUUGGAAGUGAAAAAAAACUUUUUAAAAAUAGUAGUAGAAAAAGUACUUUUUCUAAAAAUGCAGUAAAACUAAUAUUCUCUUAAAAAAUAAAUAAAAA